ACCAUUUUCCCUCUCGCUGCAAUCAGUCUCUGAUUUUUCUCUGAAUUUCUCAUUCAUUUCUCUGUCUGAAUCUAGAAUAUCUAGAUAAUCAUUUGAGAUUUUUUUUCUCUGCUGUUUCUCCCAAUCUGGGGUUGAUCCAUUUUGAUCUUCGUCAAUUUUAAAUUGCGUUGACAUGGCUACAUAUACGCCAAAGAACAUCCUCAUAACUGGGGCUGCAGGGUUCAUUGCUUCCCAUGUUGCCAAUCGGCUCAUCCGCAGUUACCCUGACUACAAGAUUGUUGUCCUUGACAAGCUUGAUUACUGCUCAAAUUUGAAAAAUCUUCUCCCCUCGAGAUCAUCGCCAAAUUUCAAGUUUGUUAAGGGGGACAUUGGCAGUGCUGAUCUUGUCAACUUUCUUUUAAUCACAGAGAAAAUUGACACCAUAAUGCAUUUUGCCGCUCAGACCCAUGUCGAUAAUUCCUUCGGUAAUAGUUUUGAGUUCACCAAGAACAACAUCUAUGGUACUCAUGUCCUUCUAGAAGCAUGCAAAGUCACUGGCCAGAUCAGGAGGUUCAUUCAUGUAAGCACUGAUGAGGUCUAUGGGGAGACUGAUGAGGAUGCUGUUGUUGGAAAUCAUGAAGCUUCUCAGCUCCUACCAACAAAUCCUUACUCUGCGACAAAAGCUGGAGCUGAAAUGCUUGUUAUGGCAUAUGGAAGAUCUUAUGGAUUACCUGUGAUAACCACCCGUGGAAACAAUGUGUAUGGUCCUAACCAAUUUCCUGAAAAGUUGAUUCCAAAGUUCAUCCUCCUAGCUAUGAGGGGGAAACAGCUUCCAAUUCACGGAGAUGGCUCUAAUGUGAGGAGCUAUUUAUACUGCGAGGAUGUUGCUGAGGCUUUUGAAGUCAUUCUUCACAAAGGAGAGGUUGGACAUGUUUAUAAUAUUGGAACAAAGAAGGAAAGGAGGGUUAUUGAUGUGGCCAAGGAUAUCUGCAGGCUUUUCUCAGUUGAUUCAGAGACAUGCAUUCAGUUUGUGGAAAACAGACCUUUCAAUGACCAGAGGUACUUCUUGGAUGAUCAGAAGCUAACAAACUUGGGAUGGUCGGAAAGGACUACGUGGGACGAGGGAUUAAAGAAGACUAUUGAAUGGUACACCAAGAAUCCUGAAUGGUGGGGCGAUGUUUCAGGGGCCCUGCUUCCUCAUCCAAGAAUGCUAAUGAUGCCCGGUGGAAUCGAGAGACAUUUUGAUGGGUCUGAAGAGGACAAAUCUGAAUCUUAUGUCUCAAGUAAUACUCGGAUGUUGGUUCCACCUACAAAAAGCACCAACUCUCCUCGUAAACCCCCAUUGAAAUUUUUGAUCUAUGGUCGAACUGGUUGGAUAGGUGGUCUACUUGGGAAGUUAUGUGAGAAACAAGGGAUUCCAUUUGAAUAUGGAAAAGGGCGCCUCGAAGAUCGGGCAUCACUCUUGGCAGAUAUUCAGAAUGUCAAACCAACCCAUGUAUUCAAUGCUGCAGGUGUGACUGGUAGACCCAAUGUCGAUUGGUGUGAAUCCCAUAAGCCAGAAGUGAUUCGUGCCAAUGUGGCUGGAACCUUGACCAUAGCAGAUGUUUGUAGAGAACAAGGCCUCCUACUGAUGAAUUAUGCCACUGGGUGUAUUUUUGAGUAUGAUGCUGCUCAUCCAGAAGGUUCUGGCAUAGGAUUCAAAGAAGAGGACAAACCAAAUUUCAUUGGUUCAUAUUAUUCCAAAACAAAGGCCAUGGUUGAAGAGCUUCUGAGAGAAUAUGACAAUGUCUGCACCCUGAGAGUUCGAAUGCCUAUAUCAUCGGAUCUGAACAACCCUCGGAACUUCAUCACCAAGAUUACUCGUUACAACAAGGUGGUUAACAUUCCAAACAGUAUGACUAUCUUGGAUGAACUUCUACCCAUUUCCAUAGAGAUGGCGAAGCGGAACCUGAGGGGCAUUUGGAACUUCACAAAUCCUGGAGUUGUAAGCCAUAAUGAGAUUCUUGAGAUGUACCAAAAAUACAUUGACCCUGAUUUCAAGUGGCAAAACUUUAAUCUUGAGGAGCAAGCCAAGGUGAUUGUAGCCCCUCGAAGCAACAACGAGUUGGACGCAUCAAAGUUGAGUACCGAGUUCCCUGAACUGCUACCGAUCAAGGAGUCACUGCUUACGUUCGUUUUUGGACCAAACAAGAAAACCUCUGCAGAGUGAGCAACUUUUGCAUUAGCUGAUAAUAUAUACUUCAGAGUACGUCCACAGUACAACAUUAGUAUUACAUAUUAUUAGCUUUAUCUCAUUAUUUUUCUGCUGUUUAGAAGGCCAUGGGGAUUAAUUCUAUUAGGAUUGUCAUUUUUGGUUCUGGGGCGCAGACUAGUUGCUGUCUAUUCUUCCUUUUAUAUUUUCCAUAAACAAAAAUUGUAGGUUCCUAUAUUAGAUCACAUUUCUCAGGGCUUGUGGUUGUGUACCGCAAUGAGUUGGAUACUCUGCGUUUCUCAAUUCUUUUCGUACCUAGUUUAUAGAAUAUAUAUAUUUAUAGAAUAUAUAUAUAUAUAUUUAUAUAUUUAAACUUGUAUUCUGCUGAUUUAGUGCAUCCGGAGGCAGAUGAAUUAGUUUUCUGUUUAACCUAUCAGGUCUUUAAUUUUAAGCAUUGCCAUUGGUUGUACUAAGUUUUCUUUGUUUAUUCUAGUGGAUUUGUAAUAAGUUUAUGUUUCAUAUAUAAAAGGUUGAGCAAUAAUAUUUAUAGGUCUAAAUAA